AUGAUGUCUCGGUGUCCAAAUCAUCAAUUGCCUAAGUCACAAUUGGUUCAGUAUUUCUAUGAGGGUCUUUUGCCAUACUAUCAGAGGACUAUUAAUGCCGCUGCUAAUGGUUCAAUUCUUGAUCUUACUCUGCAAGGUGCCUGGGACCUCUUUGAGAAGACUGCCACAAAUGACCAACAAUAUGGCACUAGAGAUAGACAGUGUGUUAGAGAAGUUACUUCAUCCUCUUCUAAUGAUACACUUAAGCAGUUUAUGGAGAAGAUUGAUAGGAGAUUGGAGAAACUAGAGUGUGAAAGGGUUCCUAGACAAUGUAAUGUAAUGGGAACUUCCCAAGCAUUAGUAGCUCCCAGUUGUGAUUAUUGUGGUUCUCCCAUGCACAUAAGCAAUAUAUGUCCUUCAAGAUAUAAAAAAGUUUCUACUAUGUUUCAGGGACGACCUAUGAACCAGAAGUGGAAUCCCUAUUCAAACACGUAUAACGACAGGUGGAGACAGAAUCCUAACUUUAGUUGGAGGGAUAAUGAUAACAGAGGGCUGAAACAAUUUCAAGAGGGAACUAGUGGACUUGGUGCUUCUUCAAGCCAUUUUCAAGAACCUUCAAGGAUGGUCAUUCCACUCCAGAACAAUUCACUUUCUCAACCAAAGAGUGAUGAGACCAACCAACUGUUAAAGAGUAUGGCUACCCAACUUAGCAAUAUGGAUAACCAGUUGAAAGAAGAUAAAGCCUUGAAUGAUAGCCAAUUUUCAUCUAUUGCCACAAUUUUACAAAGGAGGCAAGGUGAUAAUGCAACCAUUUGUAAGAAGUUGGAAGAGUUAGAGUUGAAGAAUAAUACUGUGACAUCUCAUCUAACUCAAGUGGCCAAUACUAUGAGUGAUCUGCAAGCCAGAGGUGGAGGCAUACCCUCUAAUACAGUUAUCAAUCCUAAAGCACUUAAUGCCAUCACUCUGAGAAGCGAAAGGACAGUACACUUCACUAAAGAAGAUGAAGAGGAUGUGGAAGAAGAAAUGGAAACUGAGCCUGCUCCACAUUCUACUACACCGAGCAAGAAAUCUGAGAGCUCUAAGGAAAGAGCAUUGCUAGUUAACAUGAAAGAGCCUACUGAAGGGCAAGAAGAAGAAAAGAACCAUACUGAAGUGGUUCUAGACAACAAGUGCACAACAUUGGAGCAUGAUGAAUCAAGCCAACAAGGAACCAUCCUACAUAAAGGUAAAGAGGUAAAAGUCAGUGAUAUUCCUUUCCCUCAAUCUUUUCUCAAUUCACAAAAGAAAAUGCAUAAUGAACAACAUGAGAAUGAAUUGAUUGAGAUGUUUAGCAAGUUAGAGGUUAAUAUUCCUCUGCUUCAAUUGAUUAAGAAAGUGCCUUAA